AUGCGCGCUGUCGCGAUAUCUAUCGUCGCUGUCCUCACCAGCAGAGUCUGGGCCCUUCCCGCUGCUUCGCCCAUUCGAGGUCAGAAUGUGAACUGUUUUCCUUUCGGGACUGCCUCAUUCAAUGGCUCCCUCCAAGCACCCAACGUGACCAGGAAGGAGUGGUGGUGCCCUCAAUCCAUGACCUAUGGAUUCCUCGGCUUCUCCUAUCCCAUGGAAGGGGAGUGCUACGACGACAGCUUUGACCGUAUCAACGCCGACCUGCAGCGCCAGAAACGUGAUUUUGGAGCAAGUCUGAUCCGGGUUUACCUGCCAUAUUGCUACACCACGUACAUCUGGGAGAAUUUGAUCAAAGCAGCUGUUGCCAAUGAUAUGGGAGUUGUUGCCCAAGUCGCCUGGCCUCUGAACGGCGAUCCCCUUGAAUACUGGCAAAAGAUUGCCAGCUCCAUUAUCAAGAUCCUUUCAAACAGCACCUACAAGGACAUCGCGCCUUACGUGUUUCACAGCAUUGAAUUCGGUACUGAACCGAUCGGCGAUCAGGACGACGGCGACAAUUUCAUCAAUGACCUCAUUGACUUCAAGGCGGCAGUGAAACCCUAUGGCAUUCCAGUCGGCAUCAGCGAAGACUGGGACCGUCCUGGCAUCUUGUGUAGCAACUACACAGCAGGCAAAGCACCGGGUCUCGGUCCUGUGGGGAAGCAGAUUCUUCCGCAGAGCGACUUUGUCCACGCUCAUAUCAUGCCGUACUACCACGGAUACAAUAUCUCCGGAUCCUGGGACUAUAUCAGUGACCAGGUACACUGGUACAAGAACUACACGCCCGUUCCUCUCGUCAUCUCCGAGACACAAUGGGCCUGGGAGCUCAACGUUCUACACCAGGGCAGCAAAGACAUUGGUGCUCCGCAGUACACGACGUUCUGGAAGACGUACGACGCCAACUGCAAGUUCUUCAAGAAGAACAACGUCGGCUGGUUCUUGCACGCGUGGAAGUGGGAGGGGACCUUCAAUAUGGUUACCCCGAACAAUUCAGAUUAUAUCGACAUUGAAGAAGAGAUGGGCUCCAUCACUCUUGAGCCCAACACCCUCAUCGACACCAACACCACCAACGGUACCAGUACCAGUACCACCACCUCCUCCUCCUCCUCAGACGACACAAUCAUCCACAUCGUCCACUUCCGCUUCUACGCACACAUCCCACCCAGCACCCGCGCCUCCAUCUCGCACCAAUUCCUCGCCCUCCAAACGCGCUGCCUCUCCCCCGCCACCCACAAACCAUACAUCCGCUCCUUCACGGGCGGGCGCGACGUCAGCGUCGAGGACCUGCACCGCGGGUUCCACGCCGUCUUUGUCCUCGAAUUUGCGUCCCGCGACGACCGGGACUGGUACGUCCACGAUGAUCCGGUGCAUCGGGGCUUCGGGGUCGAGGUCUUGACCGGUGUGGUCGAGGAGGUCAUGGUGGUGGAUUUUCAGAGGGGGAGGUUUUGA